AUGAGUGAAGCAGUUAGCAGCUGUGGUGUUGUUGAAAGUUUCUCCAACGGCAUCCAUACAUUAUUACCAUACCAUAUCCAUAACAUCUGGGCGUGGGUAAGAGUGACAGUGCUCUAUCCCCACGAUCCCGCCAAUCCAGUUCGAAGCUCGGGUUCCGCCGCAGUCAUAUUCGUGGGAAGUCAAACAAGGGUUGUUGAACCCGAAUCCCUUCACGAUAGGCCAGUCCAAGUAGCUAGAUCUCGGGCCCUGCAAUCAAUAAUUGUCAGUCCAAAGAAACCCAUCAGGCGGCGAUUCUUUGUCGCAUCUCCGCCCUCCUACAACACCCAAAUGCCGCGUUCCUUCGGCCAGUAUGAAUGGAGAUAUCAAGAUGAGCGCGGCGAUGCGCCACUGCCUCGGCCACACUCGAACAACAACACGCAACUGAGCUCAAAAAAUGCACACCUGGUUUUGCGCCCCAGCGAGAGAAAGAAAACGUUCUAG